AGCGGGGGAGCAGUGGGAAAAUGGCGGCGCCCAUGAGCCAGGGCAGCCGCGUCCCCGAGCCCGGCGCGGCUCCUUACGGGAACUUCCCAAAUUAUUCCCGGUUCCACCCGCCCGAGGGGCGCGUCAGCCUCCUGCCCCAAGGGCUCCUGCGCAGCCUCUUCCCCGCGGCCACCCGCCCGCUCCUCGGGCUCGAUGUGGGCUGCAACUCCGGGGAGCUCAGCGUGGCUCUGUACCAGCACCUCCUGGGGCUCCAGGACAGCGAUUCCAGCACGGAGCUGCCGGGAGCCGGGAAGGAGCUGAAGCUGCUGUGCUGUGACAUCGACCCCGAGCUGAUCCAGAGGGCCCAGCAGAGCAGCCCCUUCCCUGCCUCCAUCUCCUUCGCCAGCCUGGACAUCAUGGACCCCAGAGCCAGGGAGCCCUUCCUGAGCUCCUUCCUGCAGCGCUUCGGCCGCUCCUCCUUCGACAUCGGCUUCUGCAUGUCCGUGACCAUGUGGAUCCACCUGAACCACGGGGACAGGGGCCUGCUGGAGUUCCUGGCCCUGCUGGCCUCGCUGUGCACGUUCGUGCUGGUGGAGCCGCAGCCCUGGCGCUGUUACCGGGCGGCCGCGCGCCGCCUGCGCCGCCUGGGCCGCCGCGACUUCGAGCACUUCCGGUCCCUGCAGAUCAGGGGGGACAUGGCCGAGAGCAUCACCCGCAUCCUGACCCAGCAGUGCGCCAUGGAGCUCGUCUGCUCCUUCGGCAGCACCAGCUGGGACAGGAGCCUGCUGCUCUUCAAAUCCACCAGUGCCCAUCCCCAGGGCUCCUGCUGAGAAACUGCCUCACACAUCCACGGGGUCCUGGGCAAGGGGGCAGGUCUGGGAAUUCCUAAAUCCCUGUUAGGACCAGGCCUUGACCUCCUGGGGGAAUCCAAGGCAAGGAAUAUCCGUGACUGAUUUUUUGGGACAAGUUUUAACUUAUUUUCUGUUCAAAGAAGUGCUCCUGGAGUCCAAGUUCCUACAUGUGCUUUCCAUGUGUAUCAGGAAUAUUCCCUGGAAUAACAGGGAAUAUGCCCAAGGAAUUGUAGAAUGUCCUGGUUGGAAUGGCCUCACAAGGAUUCUCAAGUCCAGCUCCUGACCCUGCACAGGACAUACCAAAAAAAUCCCAUUAAUCCCAAAAUCCCAAUGCUCAAAUUAUCCAGACAUUCCAGAACUGCUGGAAUAUCCAGAGCUGAAAGGGACCUACGAGGAUCACAGAGUCAUGGAACAUCCAGAGUUGGAAGGGACUCACCUGGAUCAUGGAGUCCAGCUCCUAGCCCUGCACAGGACAUCCCAAAAUCCUACCCAGUGCCUGAGAGUGUUGUUCAAGCACUCCCUGACCUCCAGAAUUAUGGAAUAAUCAGAGUUGAAAGGGACCCACAAGGAUCACAGAGUCAUGGAGUGCCCUGAGUUGGAAGGGACCCCCAGGAAUCAUCAGCUACAACUCCUGGCCCAGGACAACCCAAAAAUGCCACUGAUCCCAAAAUCCCAGCACCCUGAGCUUUGGCUCCUUGGGGCUGUCACCAUUCCCUGGG